GUGCAGGUCUUUUCAGAUUCUACUGAUGUUUCUUUGGCUUUGCCAUAGCAUAACAACUGCAAAUGGCUUCAACCUAAGUGCCAAAGAGGAUAACAUCCGGUGCAUAGAGAAGGAGAGACGUGCUCUCCUUAUGUUCAAGCAAAGCGUUGUUCAUGAUCCUGGUCGACUCUCGUCAUGGGGAAGCAAAGAUGGAGAAAAAGAUUGUUGUCUAUGGCGAGGUGUCCGGUGUAGCAACAGAACAGGCCAUGUAAUCAUGCUCAAUCUUCACAAUCCUCUGACCUUUGACGAUGGCUUUUAUGCCUAUCAGAAUAAUCGUCUGAGAGGUACCAUUAAUCCUUCACUGCUUGAACUGCAACAUUUAAGAUAUUUAGACCUUAGUGGAAAUGAUUUUGGAGGAAGUCUGUUUCCGAAUAUAAAUGGCUCCCUAAACAGGUUAAGAUACCUCGAUCUUCAUGACACUGCAUUAAGUUCUGCUAUAUUGUAUCAGGUUGGGAAUCUUUCUUCUUUAAGGUAUCUUGACCUUAGUUGGAACAACCUUAGUGAAGCCAAGGAUUGGCCGCAACUACUCAACAAGGUCCCUUACCUAGAAGACCUGAAGUUGAGCUGGUGUAGUCUUCCGAUUAUCCUUUCUCCACCUUCCCUCACUAAUUCUACUUCAACACAAAUUUCCAUUGAUCUCUCUGGAAACGAACUUACUUCUUCCAUUUACCCGCUGUUGUUCAAUAUUACCAGCAAAAUUGUUGAUCUUAGCCUCGAUGAAAACUCGUUAGGUGGCUCAAUUCCUGACUUUUUCAGGAAUAUGAUUUCUCUGAAACAUCUUUCUCUCUCGGUAAAUAACCUUGAAGGUGAUAUUCCAAAAUUCCUUGGGAACAUAUGUACUGUUGAAACAUUAUCCCUUGCAGUCAACAACCUCAGUGGAUCAAUUAUUCCUGGGUAUUUUGGGUGCCUGGAAAAUUCAUUGCAGUUUUUGGACCUAUUUGUAAAUAAGUUUCAUGGUCCAUUAGUGUUACCUUAUAUUGCAAGAUUUUCUUCCUUAAGAGAGCUUCAUCUAGCAGAUAAUAGAUUAAAUGGCUUUUUGUCAGGGACCUUUAACUUUAAACAACCUUCCAAGCUUACUUACUUACAUUUGUCAAGUAACCAACUCAAAGGGACGUUGCCUGAUUUCACAAUAUUUUCAUCCUUGAAAGUUUUACUUAUUAAUGAUAACCAAUUGAACGGGGCUGUUCCUGAAAGUUUGGGAUGCUUAUCCGAGCUUGAACACUUGUACUUUGCUCGAAAUUCUUUGGAAGGUGUGAUAUCUGAAACUCAUUUCAAAAAUCUCUCCAAAUUAAGGUUUCUUGACUUGUCGUUUAACCAUUUGGUUGUGAAUUUUAGCCCUGGUUGGGUUCCUCUUUUUCAGUUACAUCAAAUUUAUCUAUCAUUUUGCAAACUGGGGCCUCACUUCCCAAAAUGGCUUCAAACUCAAAAAGAAUUUGAAGAUCUUGAUAUCUCUGGUGCCGGAAUUUCGGAUACUAUUCCUGAUUGGUUUUGGGACCUACCUCCACACUUAUUAUCUUUAAAUCUCUCUCAUAACCAAAUGACUGGCAUGCUACCAGACUUAUCAUCACUCAAGUUGAAGGAAUUUCCUGGAAUGGAUUUAAGUUUUAACAUGUUUGAGGGUCCGUUGCCAGUGCUUCCUUAUAACAUGACAUCAAUAAUUCUUGCGAAGAAUAGGUUUUCAGGAUCAGUUUCUUCAUUAUGUAAGACUGCGGCUGGGUCUUUGAGCAUUCUUGAUCUUUCUGAUAACCUAUUGUCUGGAGUGCUUCCUGAUUGCUUUUUUCACUGGCAAAACCUUAGUGUUUUGAAUUUAGCAAAUAACAACUUCUCAGGGGUUAUUCCAACAACUGUGGGAUCGUUGUUGUCAAUUGAAACAAUUAAUUUGCGCAAUAAUAGCUUCUCUGGAGACUUACCUUCAUCUUUGAAAAAUUGCAAUCGGUUGGCAUUUUUGGAUUUAAGCGAGAAUAUGUUUUCUGGAAGUAUACCGGCCUGGAUAGGAGAAAACUUGUUUUCUUUGAUUUUUUUGAGUCUACAAGCUAAUGAGUUUUAUGGGAGGAUACCUUCCAAUUUAUGCCAAUUAGCAAAUAUACGGAUUCUGGACCUCUCCCAAAAUACUCUCUCUGGAGCAGUACCAUUGUGCCUCAAUAAUUUGACUGCCAUGGUUCAAAAGGGAGAUCAGGAUGAUAUCAUUGGACAAGAAUAUUGGUCUUCAGGCGAAGCUAAUGGUUUUGCUACAGGCUUUUAUAUUGCGGAGGCAUGGGUUGGAUUGAAAGGAAAAAAGUACGAGUGUGAAAGAAAUCUUGGACUGUUUAGGAUCAUUGAUCUUGCAAGCAAUAAACUAGAUGGAGAAAUUCCAGAUGAGAUAACAAGACUUUCUGAAUUGGUUGUAUUGAACUUAUCAGGGAAUAAUCUGAUUGGGUUUAUUCCUGAAAACAUUGGUCGGUUGAAACAAUUAGAAUCACUUGAUUUGUCAAACAACCAAUUGUCAGGGCAAAUUCCUAACAGCAUAGCUGAUCUAAAUUUCUUGAGUUACUUGAACCUGUCAUAUAAUAACUUAUCAGGAAAAAUUCCUUUGGGUACUCAACUCCAGUCCCUUGAUGCUUCAGCCUUCAUUGGUAAUCAAGCACUGUGUGGGCCUCCAAUUACACAAGAGGCCCCAAAAAGGACACGUUUCAAGCUCAACCACUUGAAGAAGAGAGUGAUGAAUUCAAUAGAUGGUUUGAUGUUGGAACGGGAAUCGGAUUCUUCAUGGCGUUUUGGGGAGUUUUUGGCACUCUACUGUUGAAGCGUUCUUGGAGGCAUGCAUAUUUUCGACUCCUGGAUAACUGGACGGACUCAAUGUACGUGACAUUCAUGCUGUGGUGUGCAAGAUUGGAAAGGAA